CGAGUCGGUUUAGCUAAUAAAACCGGUUUAGUACAGAAAUUGAUUUCCGGUUUAGAUCGGUUUAGUGAAGUGGCUCUGAUGGAAUGGAAUCGAAUCAAGUCUGCUUUAAAGUUACGAUUUUUCGAUCUCACACUGGUUAAGGUGAAACAAAAAUGGCUGAGGAAGAGUUCAUAUACAGAAUCAGUACGGAACAAGAAUGGGAAGAGUUUAAGAAGAAUGGAUCUUCUUAUGGUGCAGAGAUUGAUAAAUCAACUUGUUAUUAUCAUCUCAGCAAACUUGAUCAGGUACAAUUGACAUUGAAGAACUUUUUCGUGGAUGUGAAGGAGUAUCUUUACCUUCUUCAAGUCGAUCCUAAGAAGCUUGGAGAUGGAUUAAUCUAUGAAGCUGUGGAUGAAGUAAAUAGCUUCCCUCACUUCUAUGGUCCAGACAAAACCUUCGUUCCUCUUCCUCUAGAUUCUGUCGUCAAAGCUGAGAAGCUAACAUUCAUCAAUGGAAAUUUCACAUGCAGCUUCUUGACUUGAUGAUUCACUGCUUUAAGUUUAAUUGCAAUGUCACUCUUUUAAUAAUGUAAUUAAGAAAGUUUUUUUCUUCUUAUUCACGAAACAGAACCAAAAAACAAAGUGUAUUAUUACAAUGCAAGAUUAAGAUCUAAACCAUUAUCUUUUCUCAUCA